AUGGCCGCCUCCACCCCGCUCAUCAACUCGCCCCACAUCGACCUCGGCCGCCACACGGAUUUGCCCUUCAUGUCGCGUCCCAAGCGUUCCGAUUCCAUUCCCUACGACGGUGGCGCCGCCUCUCGUGCCCACUACGACCACCAUCCACCCGGCCGCUUCCGUCCCGGCAUUGCGCCCGACUCCGGCGACGACUCCACUUUCAUCCCCACCUCGUUGGGCGAACAUCUCUUGGAGCAGACCUACCUCGACGACGUCGUCCGUCCGCUCGUCCGCGCCUUGGUCAAGGCACGCAUGACCUACACAAACAACUCUGAAGGCGCUGCCGAAAGCUCCCAGGUCUACGCCGACUUGGACAAGCUCCGCAGGGAGCUCGAGCGCUCGGCACAGCGCGCACGCCAUGCCGAGCAGGAGCGCGAUGAUCUCGCACGCCGUCUCGACCUCGCAGGCGUUCCCAACGCUCCCUUGCGCGAUCGCACCGACCGCUUCCCCGACCACGCCGCCCCCGCAGAGCCUGGCCAUGCUCCCAGGAUCCCGCCACAGCCUGCUCCGUCCAUGAUCGGCAUCAAGCGACCCCGUCCCAGCGAGGCCGAGCCGCCACUUCGCAACGCCUACGAGCCACGCUCCAGCGCGCCCGGAUCCACAGGCGUCUCGGUCAGCGUACCCCACGGUGAGGGAUCCGCCUCGAUCACCGUCACCACCGAGGGUCCCUCCGGCCCGCCCAUCAGUCUCGUCUCGCGUCCUCACCACGCGCCUCUGGCCGAGCAGAUGUCGCCACCGUCGUCGUACGCGCAUCCUGGCGCCGCGCGCCUUCGUGCGUAUCCCGAUGCGCAUCACGACGCCCACGACGCCGAGCCGAGGCACCUGACGCGCAUGCCGCUCACCAAUGCAGCCGUCGAAGCCGAGUACGCCUAUGCCGACGAGCGCGACCGCGCCGAUCGGUACGCCAUGGCGCCCGCCUCGUCCGCACAUCGCCCGGGCAUGCCAGCGCGCUACGCAGGCAUGGGCGCGCGCUCGCCGCCGCCGCCGAGCAGCUCCUACCUCACCUCGAGCAGCGAGAGGUCGUCGAUGCCCGCGCUCACCACCUACCCGUCCACGUCGUCCGCCAGCUCGUACAGCGCCACGCAGUACUCGUCUUCGCAUCCGUACGACCACGAGAUGGACGAGAUGGAGCGCUCGCGCAAGCUCGCGCGGCUGCGUGGCGAUCCGCACGACCACGCCUCGCUGCCGCCGGGUCGCGCCAUGGGCACGCCCGGCGGCUACUUUACGCCCUCAGACGCCGGCAGCUACCCGGUGCGCAAGCUCGCCAGCACCAAGAACCGCACGUGCUCCAACUGCGCCGCGCCGCACGACGCCAAGUUCCGCCGCGGACCCAACGGGCCGGGCACGCUGUGCGACCGCUGCGGCUCGCGAUGGAAGAAGUUCAAGGAGCAGGAGAGCGCCAACAAGCGCGAGCACGACGCGGUGCACCACGCCUCGUCGGCGGCCGCAGCCGCCUCGGCAGGCGCCGCCGCACACGCUCGCCUCAGCUCGGCCAGCUCGAGCUCGCAGUCGCCCAUGGAGCCCAGCAGUGGCCCAUCGGGCGCGGUCGACGGCGGCGCACGUGCUAGCGACGGCGACCUCGCUCAGAGCGCCGACAGCGUCAACGGCCGCACGCGCCGCGACGCGAGUGCAGCAGCCAUUUCGCCGUCGGACGCCAACGCUGCCUCGCCGGCUCGCGAGCGCGAACGCAGCGCCAGCGUCGACCAGCUGGUCGACGAGUGA